UCUCAUCUAUUGUUGCUGAGUCUCUGUCCGACCGAGAUGAUGACUUCUCAGUAGCUGGCGUUGAGGAGUUAAACAUUAGCUGCCCAGAGGAAACAGCUCUCCAGCAAUUGGAUGCAAGUAUGUCGUCGCUGGACAUAAGCAUUGAUGUUGUUGAUGCAGAUGAUUUUAAUGACAUCCGAAACUCCAUCAUUGACUGGGAAGAUGAAGACGUCACCUGGAAUCCUGAUAUGGACACACAGUCUGUGUCAUCAUUAGAAGAUGUAACCAGGGAACUGGACUCAGAUGAUGAUGACAGUGAUGAUGCAGAUUUUAGGCCUCGUAUUUGUGUUAGGACUGGUGGUGCUCUGAAAACUCCAAUUUGCUUGGAAUCACUGCCAGAAAUCAACAUGGAGGACACUGUGCAUGAUGCUACAGACAAUGCCCCAGAUAAAACUAUGGCUGACAUGCCAACACUCCCAGAAGCAGCAAAAGUCAUGGUCGUUGAUGAUAUUAUUGGCCAUCCUGCAUCCAUUGCUUAUCACGACAGCCUGAAGCAGCUUGCCGAGUAUCUCCUUCUCCCUGUCAGCAUGUGUUCUGCCAAGGACCCAAACAGUAAGGCUGAAUGCCGGGCACCUGCACCAUUUGAAAUCAAUGUCAGGUCCAGGGGAACAGCUGCUGUCGUUGAAUGGAUGUGUCCUCGUGGUCACACAGUUUGGAAGUGGGCUUCCCAGCCCAUUUUAAAAUAUGGGAUGCUAGCUGGAGACUUCAUGCUUUCCACUAAUAUCCUGCUGUCGGGCAACAACUACGCCAAGAUCUCACUAUUGUUUAAGUUUAUGAACAUGGGGAUGGUGGAGAGGUCAACAUUCUUUAGGAUCCAGGACUCCUACUGUGUGGACACUAUAAAGGAGUUCUGGGAUGAGAAGAGAGCUGCAGUCAUCACCCAGCUCAAGUCAAAAGGGCCAGUUGUAGCAUUGGGAGAUGCUCGCAUGGAUAGUCCAGGAUUCUGUGCACAGUAUUGCACAUACAGUGUCAUGGACAAUGGAUCCAAACAGAUAAUAUGCAUGGUCAACAUCGACAAGCGUGAGACCAUGCGGAAUUCUGUUAUCAUGGAGAAGGAGGGCUUCAUGCGGGCAUUUGAUAAACUAUGUGAAGAACUCAACAUUGAAGAAUUCUGCACGGAUGCUCAUUCUCAGAUAUCAGCCCUCUUCAAUAACAAAGGGAAAUAUAAAGACUGCGGCGUACGACACACCCUGGACAUGUGGCAUGGGUCCAAAAGUUUGGGCAAAAGAAUUCAUGCGGCAGGACAGCAAAGGGGGUGCACCAUCCUUCAGAUGUGGAGUAAGGACAUCUGCAACCACUUCUGGUAUUGCUGCAAGACUGCAGAUACAUAUGAAGAUUUUUUUGACAUGUGGGCUGGACUACUUCACCAUGUGACAGGAGAACAUGCGUGGGCCCUUGGAGCCUGUCAGCAUGGUCCCUUGGUGGAGGACAGAGAGAAGGAGUGGAUCCAGAAGGGUUCUGUGGCACACCAGAGACUGACAGAAGUGGUGCUUGAUGCACGCUGGCUAAAGAGCAUACACAAAUAUCUACAUUUUAGGUCAACUGCAGAUUUGGAGUCAUUCCACAAUCAUAUUUUAAUGUAUGCAAGCAAACGCUUCUGCUUUUCGCCACCCGUGUACGCUGCUCGCGUCAUGCUGGCUGGCCUGGACCACAACCACCACGUUGACCGACCAGCAAAGAGAAGGGCUGAUGGCUUUAUUCAGUAUGUUUAA